AUGGUUUCUGCAGUCAUUCUUCUAGCCCUGUGCAUCACCACCCUCAUCCUUUUCAGGUUCAUGCAUGAUAGGCGUGAUUUGAGAGAAGGAACCUCUCUUCAUGCACUCACUCCACAGAAUAACCAAAGGGUGGUGAGAAUUUUCGAUAAGCUUUUCUGGGUUGUUGAGGAAAAAAGGGGUGCCCAUAUGCAUGAAGUUAAGAAGCUGCUAGGAUCUAUUGUGUGUUUUGGAAACCAAGCAAUGGCGUCAUCAGUUAUUUCAAGGACAAGCGAAGCUGAUGGAUUGAAGUGA